AUUUCAGACUACCGGAAAAAAAAGGUUCAAACCUUUAUCAGUCCUGUUUCUUCUCUCGAAGAAGUUACCAGACUUACAGCUGCUGAAGCAGGUAAAAUCACGAUGGGAACGGAAUCUUUGCUAUCUUCAGGAGGAGACACGUCGGAGAAGGAUCCGGCACCGGCAGGAAAGGAAGAUCAUUUUCGAGAAAGGGUUCUCGGUUCUGAUUUGAGGGUAAUGGAUGGUGAUUUUAUGGGAUUUGAUGAAAAUAAUCUUGGAGAAAGUGACUUAGAUCAGAUUCACAAAACAGCUUCAUCAGUCCUCGAGUCCUUUUCGCUUAUGUGGGAAGAAAUCGACGAACGGUGUACUUCCCUGGAAGGUCUGCUAAAAGAACGAGCCAUGGAAUUAGAGCUUAAGGAGAGAUCUGUAAUGGAACGGACUUUAGAGUUGAAGAAGAAGGAAGAGGAGGUUGAAGAGAGGGAGAGGAAGAUUGGUUUGCUUGAAAAGUCCAUGCUUUUAAGGUUAGAGAAGAAAGAACAAGAAAUUGAUAUGAAACAGUAUCUGGUAUCAUCUGUCGUGAGAUUGGUUUGUGAGAAGGCGAGUGAAGAAGUAACGAACAAGCUUGAAGAGAGGAGAAAAGAGGUUGAGCGGCUUUCUAAGUUGAACGAUGACAAGUCAUGUGAGUUAGAGAGGACAGUACUACAUGAGUUUGAUCUGAAGCAAAAAGAAUCGAAUGAGAGAUGGAGCAAAGAAGCUGAGCUGGUCAGAGAAUCUCUUAAGCAACUCAAAUUGAGGGAGAAGGAGCUUAGCUUACUCGAUGAAGCCAUUAAAGAGAAGGCGUCUGAACUAGAGAAGAAAGAAGAGAUCUUUGAAGCGGAAAAGAAAGCAAAAGCUGAGGAGUUGGAAUGGAAGAGCGAGUUUCUCCAUGUAAAGGAGAAGAAACUUGAAAAAAGGGAAGACGAGCUUGAUUUUAAGCUGAUGGAACUAGAACAACGAACAAUACAAGCCGAGACUUGGAAGCGGUCCAGGGGAAAAUUGUUGGCACAAAAGGUUCGUGAAGCUGAUUCUCAUAUCCGUCCCUUUAAAAGGCAUAAAUCGCUUAGGGAACACAUGCAUGGUGAUGAAGACAUGGGAAUAGAUUCAGCUUCUGCAUCUCCUCCUGUACAAAUAAGCGAAGCACAUGAAAGAGAUAUUAUAGAAUUUGUCUCCAUAAAUGAUAUUGAUGAUGAAGAUCCUGAGCCAAUAAUGUGUUCUGAUUCCGAGUUUCAUGAUUACAGCAAGACAAUGAGCUCUUUCGUGGUUGGUAAAGUAUGGGCUCUCUAUGAUCCUAUAGAUGAAAUGCCUAGGUUGUAUGGUCGGAUCAAGAAAAUUAAUAAGUCUCGGUCGAGUCUUCAAGUGACAUGGCUUGAACCUAAAGAUGAGGACUCUGUUCCUGUUGCUUGUGGGAGGUUCACAUAUGGGGCUACAGAAACCUUAAGCCACUCGACGUUUUCUCAUGAGAUGCAGCCCAUCAUACAUGGCAAGAACUUCAUCGCUGUGAAUCCGAGACAAGGUGAAACGUGGGCUCUUUUCAGAGACUGGAGCCAAAGCUGGAACAAUAACCCCGAACAGCACAAGCCUCCUUAUAGAUACGAUUUUGUGGAAGUACUGUUCGAUUUCGAAGAUCAUCGAGGCGUAGGAGUGGCCUAUCUAGGGAAGGUUAAAGGUUUUACAUCCGUCUUUGAACAAGCUGAGCACAAUGGAGUCUGUCAACGCGUGAUCAACCUUGAGGAAAUGUAUAGAUUCUCUCACAGAGUGCCCUCAUUUAGGCUGAGUGGAGAGGAGAAAGAGGGAGUUCCUGCUGGUUCUUUUGAGCUAGACCCUGCUGCUGUCGUUGAUCACUCUAUCUACGAGGAAGCAGAGGAAACAGAAAGACAAAGCAAUGACUGUGGUGAAGGUCUUGAGCUUGCACUACAAGAUGACCCCUUUAUUAUCUUAGACUGAAAUUAGUGUUUUAGGGAGUCUGCUGUUCUUAGUUCGUCUUCUAACAUGUUCGAGUUAAUGUCUUAAAUGAUGGCUUCUUGUCGCAGAAAAUGGAACUCUGAUCAUUUGGACCUGUCUUUGUCUUACAAAUGUUAAAUUAUCAGGUGGGAUACAUGUAUUUUGUAACC